CUUCCCUCUCUUUCUUUCUCUGUCUUUCCUCUAAGAGGAUUGGCUGCUUGCGUCUACCAACAUCUGUGUAUCACUGUCCUGAGAGAGCAAAACAGAGAGGGGAUGGGGGGUGUUAUCCAGCAAGAUAGCAACACAGAGCGCAGGCAGGGCUGACUGCCGCUCUCUUUCCGUCUUCUCUUCGGCACACACACGUUCUUUCUUGUGCAUGCGCGCAUACACAAACAAACACACACUCAGCAGCAGCAGACAGCUGCAGCAUCCGCAUCGCUGGCUGCCCACCCGCAUCCUUCUAUCCUUCUUUCCAGUCUUUCCCUCGCUACACCGCUCUUUAUCUCACUUGUCCGCAACGCCUCAUCCUGCCGUCCUGUCCCCCUUCUGCUGUCUGUCACCGUGGCGACAUAGCCUCUGCAGCCAUGGCGACCAGCCAGCAGGAUUCAGGCUUCUUUGACAUCAGCAUCAAGUCUCUGCUCAAGUCGUUAGGAGGGAGUGAGUACAGCUAACACAUCCGAUUCGCUGUAGUUUGGUAUACAAAAACAAAUGUGUGAUGCAGUCUGUCUUCACAACAGCCAGUAGAUCCUGCGCUGUGCAGAUACCGCUUAUUUUGUUUGCAUAUGUGUUUGUUGGAAAUGGAGUAGAACAAAAAAUCAGGCAGCAUGCAGCAUGAUCCACUCUGUCAAUAUUUGGCGGUGUUACGUAAUGGAUAAUGAAAGUCCAGGGGUUGAUAUAGAGGGGGUAAGACCUGCUUCUGGGGUUAGCUGAGGGUAAAUCUGGAUCCUCAGAAGUCUCCUUUAUAUGAAUUAUACAGUAUAUUACUCAGCAAAAGAAGGAGUCAGUCUUAUAUUUCUGAUAUCUUUAAUCCUAGUACUAAAACUGAACCAAAACUUGCAAACAAGUACAAAAAGAGAUGUGUAUGUUUUGAUUUACUUAUCUCUUAUCUGGGCUAAGUAAGUCACGCAUAUCCACACUGGUAAAGACUUGAAUGUCUCAGGCUGUUUUUGAGUCUGUGCUCCAGACAAUUUUGACCAAAACAAGAGGCAAAGCUACUGUAUGCGAGUCAAAAACAACGGCGUUAGACAAAUGUUCAGCAGCAGCAUCUACACUGUUCCAAACUGGACAUACUGUACUUCACCGUGACUUCACUCUGCAAUGGGCUCAUUAAACUUAGACAUCCAAUAAGAGGAGCCCACCGCCGCCUUUAUAUCACCACUGGGGACUGUUAUGUAGCCUUCAAGCAUGUUGUCCGUCUACUGUGGCCUCAGUGUAUUUCUUAUUGAUACGUGGUAGAGGAUGCAGAGAUGAGCCAGCAGAAUCUCCUGUUGUUGAUCCUCAUUUAUUGACCGGACUCUGCCUGUGUUUGCUCUCAUUUUACGCAUGUAUACAUAAACCUGUGAUUACUUUUUUUGCAAGUAAGAGUGGUCUUUAAGUUUUUUUUUCUCCUAUUUAUCAGAGAUCACAACAACUGUUGGGCGAGUGCAUGAAGGGGCGGCUUUGAGGAGCUCAUAUGUUUGGUAUAAGCUGAAGGUUACUGUCAGCAGGGGUUAUGUUGAUGUGAGGGCUACAGAGGAGGAAAUGUGCUAAUGGUCCCACCACUGCUUUUCAUAAUCACCUGAAAAAAAUCAUAACAAGAAAGGAUCCAUUCAUCUAUUUGACUAAACCCAAGAGUGUACAUUAGUGUGCGUCAAGGUCAUGAAUAGUGGAGGCAGUCAGAACAGGCCGAACAGGCCAACUAACUCCAUUUAGGUUAGAUAAACAGAAAAAUAGCUGACCCCAUCAGGUUCAACUGGCUCUUUUUCAUACCAGCCUGACUAAAUUAAUCAAGUGCAGGCUUGUAUCAUCUGUAACUACAUACUCAUGGUGAAAAGAACAACCCUUAAUCCAAAUGUAAACACAGAGAUUAGCCAAGCAGGAAAAUGUCAGCACACAAAGGUAACCUGCCAACUAAACCCGUGUUGUUACAGUUUCACGAUGCUCUCAAGGGAUUGUUUACAUCUGUAAUCUUUGCAAAAAGAAAAGAAGUGUAAAUGGGGCCUUUGUUGAAAUUAUCCCUUUAAAUGCUAAGAAAUAAAUACCAGCCCUAAAAGCACAUAGCCUCACCUUUUGUAGUGCUUAAAGCUUUUAUAAUUAACUUAAAAAAAAAAAUCUCAAAGAGAACAGUCACUGUGAAAAUUCCCCAAAUGCAUUAAUCACAGGCAGUGAGAAUCAGUCAGCUGCCUCCUGUGGAAACAUGCAGGUUUGGUUCUGCUAGGUCUUGUCAGAGGCGGUCGGUGUGGUAAUUGUCUGCUCCCUUUAAAGUGACUCAUCGCCAACCACUUUAAUUCAACGCUGCCAACAAGCAGAUGUGGAGCCAUUUAUCUUUUCACAAGCCUGAAAAACACAUUGCUUCCAAGUCCAGGUUCAAAUUUGUCUUUUAUCUUAAUGUCCAGAUGGAGAAUAUUCGCUAAUGUGUCUGUUUCUGAUGUCCAGGGCGUAUGGAUUUUUGCCUCACAACAUAUGAUUCAUCGCCUCUGUAUGCUCAUUUGUAUGAUUUGAUUGAUGAGAGUCAAACUUGGACGUACAGUUGCUGAGAUCGUCCCUUUACCAGUCCUGCUGGUCAUGUUGUUCAUUUGCAUCAUCCAUGAAUUUUUUUUUUAAUCUUACAAUGUCACAUUUGCCACAGUGAUGUCCAUGAUGUUUUGACUUGCAAACAAUCCAGGGACGAAACGUGUCAGCUUGGUUCCUCUUUAGCAAAGAAAAUCAUAAAGUUACAUUCAAGUCUUGAAUCAGGGGAUGUUAAAGUUUCAUUUUUUUGGCUGCUUUAUCCUGUCAAGUAUCAUAAACAGGUGCUUAUUAAAAUCUUAAUGUUCCUCUCAGAAUAUAUUCUUAAUUCAUUACACGCCCGUCUUUACUCCCCCUCUCUUUAUUUCUUUGUCUUGGCUUUGCUUACACUGUACUUAAAUGUAAGUAAAACCAAGGUACAGCUCUAUUGACCGGACGUGACAGAUUUCUGCUGACUCAUCACUUACAAUGCUGAGUCAGGAAACAUUUACAAGGGUCUCAGGAGGCUCCUGGGUAGUCUGUAUCGACAGCUUUAUUGCUCAUUGUUGAGUCUCCCUACUCAUCACCACAGACACACAAACACAAGGCUGUAAUCUGACACACAUACACACAAACACACAACGUAAAUUCACGUCACUGACAAACUGUACUGUUGUCUCAAUUAAGAGGCAACAUUUGCUGAAUUAAAUCAGUGCCGUUUGUUUUGUUAGCCUGCUGAAACCACAUCAUGUGACUGUCCUCACUGAUCAACAAUUUGUGUACAUGACGUGUGUGUGUGUGUGUCUCCGUAGCCAUGUUUGCGUCUGAGUUUGCAUAUGUGUGCACUUGAGUGUGAGUAGGGGUCAGUGGGAGUGGUGGGUAUGUAAGAGAGUGACCUCCAGUGGUCUAUAUAUAGCGACUCCCUCCUCCCGUCGCCUCUCUCUCGGGGCAGUGUUGAAAUUCCAACCCAACUCUUCUGGUCAGAUCUCCACAAGGAGCAGACUUUACUUAACUGCUUCUGACAACUGAAGGACAGCCGCAAAACCGCCACUGAAAGAAGCACUUCAUCUCCAAACAACUUUCCAAUGCAGGGAUUCUAAGGAGCCACUGUGCAGGGACACGAUGGCAGGCUGGAGGCGGAGCAGAAGUUAAAGUAGAAACUGAUAGUUGGUCUAAGGGCUCAUAUAGCUCUCUAGCAUGGGGCCCUAUGCUGUGUGUGAGCCGCUGCAUAAGACUCUCCUGGAGCUGUACAGUGGAAUAUUUUCCAGUCUCUGUUGGUAGACUUGCCUCAAGCCUCGUCUACUACUUUGAGGAGACACUUUGACAGCAUCUCUCCCUCUGUGAUUCCUUACUGUCUGCUCUGGGGUUUCAGCUCAUCGUCACCCGGGCAGUUUGAACCUCUGUUAUGGCUCUUCUGGUCUGUGGACACGGUAUAUGUUCUUCCUUCAUUUGGAUUAAACAUUGGAUACAGCAGUCAUGAUCUCUCUCCUGCUUGCCCCAGGCAAACAUUUUUCACUGUUCUUUCUCAUUAUUUUCUGAAGGAUGGAGCUUUACACUUUUAGCUUUGGUUGAAAUCUGCCCUGUGCGUACGCCAGGCACAGCGAUGGCUGGAUAUUAAAGACAAACUUCUCCCACAAGGAAUCAUUUUUACCUGUCAAUCAUGGGAGCUUUGUGUCACACUUUGUAGACUGCUCAGCUCCCCUCCAACCCCCCUCCCAGAUUCCUUUUCUCCCUCAAUCCCUCUGUUUUAUCCAUUUUAACCCUUCUCCACCCACUUGUGUCUUUGCCCCACUGUGUGGCUGUCUGCACCAUGGAAGUGCCAACUAAAUGGAGCAGGGCUAGUGUCAUCAGCUUCAUCAAAGGCCUCGGUAAGCGUGCAGGAGUGUGUGUUCAUGUGCGCGCCAUAUUUGCAUCAUUUGAGUGCUCGGAUUUCACACAAACAAGUUGUUGUCUGUGAGUCCCCGGGGGCCUGUCCUGUCCAGGAAUUAGCAUUUACACCUCACCUCUUUAGUGAGGUUGGGUCACGUGGUCAGGAGAGGUCAGAUGGGCCUGACAGAGUUGUUAAGUCACACACGCCAGACACUUCUGGGAAACGCUCGAGUGAGUCAUUGUUUUGUUUCCCACCUGAUGGGAAAUAUCAUUUAUACACCUUUAAUUCCUGUGAAACAACAAAUUGCUUGAGUCUCACAAGCUUCCUGUGUACUAGCUUUUCAUCCGCAAACAUUGCUGAAACUCGACUCUGUGAGUUGUUGGUUUCGGUCAGCUUUAGUGGCUGACCCACAAUUCGAUCCCUUAUCACUGCCGAUGCUUGUCGAGAGAUACGUCCCUCAGAGCGAAAAUGUCACGAUGUUAUAUCUUUGGGUCAUGUGACAGGAAAUGCCCUGUCCCCGUUUAAAUGUAUCCAUCUAUUGUCGGUCUUUCACUCUAACCCCCAGACUCCUCCCACUCUCUGUUUAUCUUCCUCCCUGCCUGUUUAUCAGCACUUAUCUUGAAAAAUUAUGGUGCCCAGUUUCCCUCAUAAUGUAAUCAAAUGGGAGAAAUGAAAACAUUUAAGUCCAAGAUUGUGUGUCUGUGUGUGUGAAGAGAGUGAAGGUUGAGUGUGUGCAUGCUUUUACAUGCCUGGAAAGUGUUCUUUGUCAAAGUUGAACUUGGAAUCAAAAGCUUAAAAAAAUUAAUGAAUCAUAAAAUAAAUGAACAUUAAUCUGACGUGAACAAAUUCUUCAUAUUAAUCCAGAGUUAAUUUACACAUGACCAGAGAGACAAGAUUGAUGUCUCAGCUGUUUCUCUUCAUAUAAUGAAGGUUGUUGUAUGAAGAUUAAUAUCUUGUUCAUAGUUCUAGCUAAAGACUGCAAGAAAAGCACAGGAAGUUAUCAGUACAAGACGUGGAUUCACUUGUUUUCAGCUGAGGCAGGUUGAUGGACGGGCAUCUGUAAGUGAGGUGAUGUGAGGUAAAGAUACUCAGUGGGGUAAAAAAGACAGUUGCAUGCUGGCGUUUUGAAUACGCCUCACGCUUGAUUGGAGUACUGCUUGUUGAUUUUGCACACAGAGUAAUUGUAAGAUUGAUAUGAUGGAUUUUAUGGGGCAUACAUAUUACACCUAAGCCACAGCCGAAGUAUCAGGCUUUUAAAAAAAUCUCAUUUAGACUCAUCAACCUGUCUCGACUCUCCCCAGCCUCUCCAGUGGGACUAAAGCCGCCCCUCCCGCCAGUCAGUGGAACCUUGGGAGAGAGGAAGGGUCCUGUCGUCAUGGCGCCCGUCAACGUGGACCCCGAGAGUAAGCCUGGCGAGUUUGUCCUCAAGAGCCUUUUCGCCAACUUCACCUUGCUCUCAGAACGCAAGAUUCGCAUCAUCAUGGCCGAACCCCUGGUGAGUGACUUUGCAGUUUCAUUUCGUCUGAUUGGGUCUCUUUGUCUCAUCGUACGUCUCUCAGAUUACAGCAUUAGACAGGUUUACUGUUCUUGAUAUUUUAUCUGGCUGUGUGAUUGAAAGUAUGUCCUCGGCAGUCUGGUGGUUUCUUCAUGGAGGUCUUUCAAAGAUGCUAUUUUCUGUCUGUUUUUUCUUCAGCAGGUAUUUAAGUGUGGAUCUUUUUGUCACUAUCAUACAGUAAAACCUUUGGAAGUUGUUUGGAGAGUAGAGAACAAACCUCUUUGCAACCAUUGGCUGUUGUCUUCUGGCUUUUUAUUUGUUUCACCUGCUGCCUUCUUGUGAUCUUUUGAAUCUUUACAGCACACUAGAACAACAACAGCCACAAAGACAUUACAUCAUUACGCAAUGUUACACACUUUGGCAUAUAGAUGUCUGGGAAAUUUGAUAUUUGAUAUAGAUAUUUGUAAUGAUAUAUAAACAGUACAUCCUCUGGCCUAUGUGAGGUAUAGAUUAAAAAUGUUUAGGUCAGGGAUGCACCGAUCCGCUUUUUCACCUGCGAUACUGAUACAGAUAUCUGCAGUUUAGUAUCGGCCGAUAUCGAUCCAAUUCUGAUACAGAAAAGCUGAAUUACCUUUUAUUGUAAUCUGAGGUAUUGUGAUAAAGUUCAAGAUAGCAGACCCCUUUGCUUGCUCCAUUUUGAAAACAAUGUGGGCAUCUGCUCAGUGUGUUUACUUGUAGAUCCCACUCACAGUGCACAGCAUAGAGUUAGACUGAAUAGAUCGGCCUCUAUGCAUCUGGCCCAUUGUCAUGAUACGCGAUCUAGAAUUUUCUUCAGUUUCGGGACUGAUUUCAAAUAUCGGAUCCGUUUCAUCCCUAAUUUAGGUAUCUAACUCAAAAGUUUCAUAAAAGGAUGUCCUCUCUGGUAGGACAUGAUUUGAUUGUUUUCCCUCUGCCUGUUCUUGUCUCUCUCAGGAGAAGCCCCUUAACAAAUCCCUGCAAAGAGGAGAGGACCCACAGUUUGACCAGGUGUGUGCACACACACAUCAUCGACAUGGACUGACCUCUUUUCUCUUACAUUUUCUAAAUCCUGCUGUUCCAUCGUUAUAUAUUGGGAAUGGGAUUAACUUCUUUCUCUCUCUCUCUCUCUCACUCCUCCCCCCACACUUACCUUCAGUUGAUCAGCACGAUGAGUUCCCUGGCGGAAUACUGCCUGCCCUCCAUCCUGAAAACACUGUUCGACUGGUACAAAAGGCAGAACGGCCUGGAGGACGAGUCUCAUGAGUAUAGACCGAGGGCUAACACCAAGUCAAAAAAGUGAGGAAACAGCAACAGGAAACACAUGAACACACACAGACCAUUCUUUGUAAAUCGUAAUAUCGAGUUCAAAAUGUAAAUAGUGGACAUGCAUUUUAUUCACAUGGUUGUUCAAGAAUGACCUUUUUAACAGAAACUGAUGAAAUGGACCUUGAACAUUGGACCUUGAUUGUUGAACAAAGUCUGUUUCUGUCUGUCUGUCUGUCUCAGUGAUGAGCAACAGAAGGACUACUUAUUGGAGCGGAGGGAUCUUGCAAUCGACUUCAUCUUUUCACUUGUGCUGAUAGAAGUUUUGAAGCAGGUGAGUCUGACAGGGACACACUUUUAAUACAGAUCCUGCAUAAAAUGUGACAGGCUGUCAACCACCUCAGAAAAGAGUUGAAGUAUUUGACAAGCUUUGCUUUGAAUAAUGACAUUCUUGAUAUCUCGUCUCUUUCCAAACCCAAUGAUGGAAAUUGUGAAUUAAUUAAACAAAUGUAAAAGGUGAUUUGCAUAUUAUUGAUGCUGCUGUCAGAGAUUUAUGCAAACAUAAUACGCACCAGGCUUCCUCUGCAGAUUACAAUGACAACUCUAUCUCUUUACCCAGAUCCCCCUUCAUCCUCUUUUGGAUGGACUCAUCCAAGAAGUCAUAAACCUGGCAUUCAAGCACUUCAAAUACAAGGAGGGGUGAGCGUUAUUAACAAAGUUAUUUACAUAUUAAAACAGGAUUGGAAUAGCAGAUAAAAAGGUUUUUACAGAUGAAAUCCACAUAUAUGUAUGCACAGCUCUAGUAAAACUGUAUAUUAUGUUUGAUCAGAGUAAUUCUUUCUAUCAUCAAACAAUGUAAUUUGUAUUUUUGUGUUUAUUUUGUAGGUAUCUGGGGCCAAACACUGGCAACAUGCACAUAGUGGCUGAUCUCUAUGCUGAAGUGGUGGGAGUUGUAGCUCAGUCCAGGUACUGACUCAAGUUUAUUAAGCAAAGCACUGUUUACACUCGCUGUUUGUGCACACACAUUACCUGAGCAAGCAAUGUUUAUACUGUAGACAGAGUUGAUCAUGUAUGUUAACAUUAAGGUCCAUAUGUUUCUUAUGUUUGAAUUAAUCUCCUAUCUGAAGUCUGUUACAAAACCUGUACAUCUGCACUUCUGAAAACAUAACUACCACAGAACACCAACAUGGUUACCAGCGCUGAGAUGCAAAGCAGAGUUUUUGUUCUCUGCUUCCAUAGCAACAGCUAACUCUAAAGUCCUCUUAGGUGAGCUAACUUCGCUGUAAAUAGCCACAUUGAAUUGAGCAUUUCUGCUGAUGUUAAAGAAAAACAGGGUGAACUGGAUCGCAUUAGUCAUCACAGCUCCUGAUUAACAUUUCCUGCCUUGCAGCUGUCAGUCUGUUGUGUUGGUUUUCCCUUUAUAAGUCCUUCAACACCACUGUAUCUCUAACUGUGCUCCAUUAAGUCUUCAUCCUCCUCCUCCUCCUCCUCUGCUUUUUUCUUCUCUUUCUGCCUCUCCUUGUUUCUCCACCUUAAACAAACCAACAUCAAACUGACAGGACUUCUUUCCGUGGAUUUAUGACUGUACAUGUAGUUAGUCCUCUUUAUGGCAACGGUCCAGUAUUGAGAGGUCGCCGACUGAUAAAUGACAAUAAUCAAUCACAAUUAGGUAAUUAGCACUGCUGUGUAAUUAUUUAGAUUAGUGUAUAGUCACUUUAAAUGCUGCAUGUACAGUAUCUUAAUUUUUGGGUGCCACUAUUCAAAUGGCAGUGAGUGAAAUAUCUGUGAUACAGCUAAAGAUAAGUAGAUUUUUUUCUUUUUGGAUUCAUGUUCAUUUUUCAGGUUCAAUUUUAUUGUGUCAUACGUGGAGCUUAAAUUUAAUUUGCUAAUUUGGGUCAUGUAGCUGCUGUAGGCUGGUUUGUCAGCGCGGAACAUUGAAAUUUGUAGCUACGGUAGCUACCUGUCCUCCUUCUGACCCCAUUUCCAGCAGAAACAGCAAUUACAUAUAUUAUCCAUUUGUCUUGAGCGCAGGGGAGUAACAAGAACAAAUGCCUAACAUACCCAGUGUGUACUGACAGUUAAUUAUCGUGUGUUUGUGCAGUAGUAAAGAUGUGUGUGUGUGUGUGUUUGUGAUGACGACUGAAGAUAAUGACACUCUACAUGAUUGUCGUUGGUCUGUUUAAUGUUGCGGGUGAUGAGAGAUGAGCGCUGUUCCAGUUUUCCAGGAGGUUAUUACUGUGAUGGAGGAAGUUCACAGGGCAGCUCAGCAACUGCACUCACACUCACACACACGCGCACAUUGACUUACGCCAUAACAGCAUUUAAUGUAGUCAUUGAUCUGAUAAUGGAUCAGGGUCAAUAAUACUCUGAGAUUUAGUGUAGCAAACAUAAACUGUCCUCUACGUGGAGGAUUGGUUUUUCCACUUGAUUAAGCUCCUUUGCUCAUUUCUUACACCCUUCUGCAUGCCAUUUAUUUUCCACUUUUACACACAUGGCUGUGAAAAGGAUGAGCAUGUGUAUUUAUGUAUAUUUUACUUAAAGACUCAGCACUGAACAGAAGGCUGUUGGCUGUCACACUUAGUAAACUGCUGCGACAACCCCUAUGUAGCAUGUAAAAGCACGUGAAGAAAUAGAAGGCGCCCAAAGACCAAGUGCGCACACACACACACACACACACACACACACACACACACACACACACACACACACACACACACACACACACACACACACACACACACACACACAUUCCCUCCACAUCACCCCUCCAGAUGCCUUUCUAAAUAUAGGCAUGUGGUGCACUGAUGGUAAAAUCUAUCUGGAUAGUGGGUACAUACACAAGUGCACACAUCAUUGUGUACAUGCAGAAAAAAACAGGUGGAUAACACUUUAUAAUAACAAUCCGUAAUAACUAGUAAACUGAUCAUUAGCAAACUGUUAAUUAAUGAGUUAUUAAUGACUUGUUAAGUGUCUGUUAAUAGUUUGUUAAGGAUUUAUAAUGAAGCCUUAUAAAUAGUUAAUAUAUCAUUAAUAAACUGUUAGUAAAUGAGUUAUAAAUGACUUGUCAACUGCAUAUUAAUGAUUUAUAACUAAACCUUAAAAAAUUAGGACUAGAUCAUGAGCACUUUGUGUUGCAGCUUAAAAGCAUGAAAGGUGCUAUAUAAAUAAAGUUUGAUUGAUUGAUUGAUUGAUGAACAAGGUAUAAAUAAAUUACUAAUGACUUGUUAACUAUUAACUGAUACUUAACAUGUCAUUAGUAAGUAAUUUACUAAUAGCUUGAUUCAUGAUCUAUUACUAAUUUAUUAGGUAUAGGUAUCAUUUAUUACUAUACCUUAUAAAUUAGUAAUAGUGGUAUAGUUAAGGUAUAGUUAUAAUUUACAACAAAACCUUAUAAAUUAGUAAUAGAUCAUAAACAAGCUAUGAGUAGAUUACUUUCUAAUGACUUGUUAAGUAUCAGUUAAUAGUUAACUAGUCAUUAGUAAGUUAUUUACUUAGAGCUUGUUCAUGAUCUAUUACUAAUUUAUUAGGUAUAGUUAUUAAUCAUUAACAUACAGUUUACAAGUCAUUUAUAACUCAUUAACUAACAGUUUAUUGAUGAUAUAUUAACUAUCUAUAAGGCAUUAUUAUAAAUCCUUAACUAACUGUUAACAAACACUUAACAAGUCAUUAAUAACUCAUUAAUAGUUUACUUAUGAUCUAUUAACUAGUUAUAAAGGAUAGUUAUUAUAAAGUGUUACCAACAGGUGCAUUAAGGAGGAACAAAAAAAGGUUUUUCUUUGCAUACUGUAAAAGGACAUUUGCAGGGAAAUACAUCAAAGUAAUCUUGCUGUUUUCAUUGUUUAAUUACGACGUACUCAUGAAAUCAUUUACAGGAAAACUCGAGAGAGUAGAGCCUCUUAUUCUGACACCAUUUCUACCACAGGUUCCCAGGAGUGAGGAAAAAGUUCAUCUCUGAGCUUAAAGAGCUGAGACAGAAAGAGCAGAGUCCCUAUGUCAUCCAGUCCACCAUCAGCCUCAUCAUGGGACUCAAGUUCUUCCGCAUCAAAAUGUAUCCUGUGGAAGACUUUGAAGCCUCCUUCCAGUUUAUGCAGGUAGACCGAGCUGAGAUCAUUUGACAACCCAGCUGUUGUUUCAACUCAAGGGGAGUUUCAUACAUGGCCCCUUAAGCAGUUCAGUUCUAUUAUAUGAAAACCUUCUUACUUAAGUAACAAGGUGCUCAGAGCUUUGUUUACGGCCCCUUUGAUGGUAACUGCAUUGCAAGAGUGUUUCUCAUUUUUCUCCCCUAUUAAAAAAGAGGUUUGUAACAGGUGACAUUGUGUUUGAAAAUAUCCUGUCUGUACAUUGUUUCCCUCGCUGUCUCUGACCUUUCUCUUUCUUUUUCUCUUUCUCUCUAUCUCUCUAUGUCUUCAGGAGUGUGCACAGUAUUUCUUGGAAGUGAAGGAUAAAGACAUAAAGCACUCAUUAGCUGGACUGUUCGUGGAGAUACUUGUACCUGUAGCUGCUGUAAGUGCUUUCAAGUUUACUGCUGAGUGCACUUUUCAUUGUUGAGUCAAAAUGAAGUCAACAUUUAUUGUGCUCCGUGAAAUAGGAGUUUUUUAAUGCAUUAGUUUUACAGUAGUUGCUCCUCGUGUGUCAGGAUCUUGCUUUCAUUUCUUUUUUUAAAUUUUUCGAUGUACGCUGACUACUGUUGACCACUUUUAACACCAGUUAAUAAUCCAAGUCAUGCCCCGCUCUUAACUCCUGGGUUUUUUAAAACUUUUUUAAUUUAAAGAUUAUUUUUGGUAAUUAUGUGCAUUUAUUCAAAUAAUAGGACAGUAAGUAGUGUAGUUAAGAGAGUGUGGCAAGACAAGACCAUGGCCUUUCUAUAUGGGGCAUAGGAUUUAAUGCCUGAGCUAAACUCGUCACCCAACAGCUUCUAGAUUUUCAGAGGCAGUUUCAUAGGUAUCUAUUUUAUCUGUAAUUUUGCUUCACAGCGUGUCAGUCAGUCUGAAUGUUUAGAGUAAUAUCUUGAGAGUUAAAAAAAUCCUCUGGUCAUCUACAAAUAUGAUUCCUGUCAAGCAAAAAUAGCUCAAAUCUGUCUGGACUAAACAUCUUUAUUAUUUAUUAUUCCCCAGACCGUGAAGAAUGAGGUGAACGUGCCGUGUUUACGAAACUUUGUGGAAAGUUUGUACGAUACCACACUGGACCUGUCCUCGAGGAAGAAACACUCUCUGGUAAAUUUUCGUUCUUCUGUUUCAUCACUGCUCAUCCCUCUCCAUUUCCUCUCCAUUAACAGCGAUCGGUGAAAGCACUUACUGUACCCCUCCAACAUGUGGGCUUUUAUCUCUCAGUGGGAAGGAGGCAGAAGUGCGGUAUGCAGUACACGUGCUGGAUUUUUGAUGCAGUGCCAGAUGGGUAAUAGUUGCCCACAGCAGGGGCACAGACAAGGGAAUCAGCAAAUUAGAUGCAGUAUGUUUCCCUUAUUAAGAAUAAGCACGACAUCAAGCAGCUUGUUUAAAUUGUCAGAAUGGGAUUAAACUUCGUUUGCUGAUAUUUUUAAUCCAUGACACAGCAGAUUACAAACCAUACAUGAGCAGGACAACAGAAACUUCAUGUCUCCAGAUAUUUAAUAAUAUUGGUGUUACGGAUGAACUAAUAUUCAGGAUUUAAUUUGAUUAUUAUUAUUUUAUUUUUUUCUGAGUCAUUUUCUUUUUUUUGGGUUUUGUUGUUUUGUUUUGUUUUCUGUCUAACGUGUGGAAUAAGAUUUUUUGAAUGUUUUGAUUUACUAAGAAGGAUAGGCGAUAAUAAGCUCUUGCUUCAGCCUAUGCCUUUUCGGUCGGGUUUUCUUUUCUUUGUAAUCUAUUGUAUAUAUUGAAUGGAUAUGACCAGAUCGAAAUAAACUUCAAACUUCACUAAACUUCGUUUAGGUAAAUUCUGUUAGUAAUUAAGUCUUUCUAAUCAUGUUUUGGUCUACUAUUUAAUUAUUCGUAAGUCCUCUAAACUAGAACUAGUUAAAAAGGCUUAAACUAGAAAUGUGCAGAAAAAAAAACUGCAGUUUCAGAAAUCCUUUUCCACUCAUAUUUUUCAAGUUUAUAUUUAGCCAACUUAAGAGCAGUGACGUGUCAUUGUCUCACGAUUUGUUGUCAGAUAUGUUUUACAUUGAGGAAAAAAUUCCCCUUUUUCUCAAAAAAACAUCGCCACGCCUUUGAUUCCACAGUCUUCUGAUUGACAAACUGGAUAACAACACUUGACCUGAAGCUGCUGUGUUGCAUUGCUGUCUGUUGUUCUAUUUGUGAAAUGUGUGACAGGCUGUGACAGGGACGGGUGUUAUCAGAGCUGCAGACAUGUCACUUGUCCAGCAUUCAUGCAUCCCUCCAUAGAUUCUUCAAAUACUAUAAGCAACCCAUGCAUUAUUGACCCCGACACACCUCCCUGCACACAUACUGUCUGUCUUUUCACUUUUUCCAAACAAACAGCGCGCAGGUAUGCGCACAAACAAAACAAAACAAUAAUCUGCCAUGUGAGAAACGAACUGACAGGCACGACGGCAAUGACAGAAAUGCGGUGUAUUUCCUUAAUUGUUAUUCUGAGUGUCUGGGAGACACUGAAACAGGAGAUAACUAAAACUCGUCUUGAUAAGAAGUGACAGCUAAACGACAUACUCCUCAAACCAAACGUUCAUGACAAGGGUGUAACUGGACCUACACUGCUCAUUAGUGAGACAUUUGUGUUAAAGAAUGAUCUGUAUGCAGACUUGCAUUCUCUCAGCAGGUGAUUGAGCUGACUAGAGACCAAGUUCACAUUCUUGUAUGUGAACUUUAUGUUGGAACCGUCAAUAAAAUAACCUCUUCCAUUAACUUUUAAUAGUUUGUUUUCGCUGCAGGCAAGAGGACACACAGAGAAAGCUGUGUUUCGCUUAAAUUUAGAGAGGAAUAAAAAGAUGAUUAAGGGGUAAGCAGGUUUAUGAGAGACUGAUGAGACAACAAACAAAUCUAUCACGAUUUUGUGCUUUGUCCUGAAUAAUUGAUUGUUUAUUGUAAAUAGAAAUAAAAGCAAACCUGAGAAUUAUAUUGAAGCGUGAAAUGUAUGAUUCUCAAGCUGGAUUGUUUGCAUUCUGUCUUUACUACGAAAUGAUUAACUUUCUAUUAGGAUGUUUUUCUGCCUGUCUUCUGUAGUGCCUGAUGCAAAUGCGCCCCAUCUGUUGUCUCUCCCCACCAGGCUCUAUAUCCCCUGGUGACCUGCCUGCUGUGCGUCAGUCAGAAGCAGUUUUUCCUCAGCCGCUGGCACAUUUUCCUCAACAACUGCCUCUCAAAUCUCAAGGUCAGCCAUUCUGUUUACACCAUGCAUGUGCAAAAAUAAACACAUUAGGGGUCAUUUGUAAAAGUAAUAGGCAGUUUUUCGCUUUCAAACAAGGGCUGUGCAGUCUGUGCAAUACAUUUCCUGCUCAUGGGAGUGAGUUUUACAAAGUGACAAACUGUUAACUCACAUGUCUUGGAAUUGAACUCUUCCAUUGCAGGUUAAGAGAGUAAUGAUUGUUAGUGACUCAUGAAGAAAUCUGAACAACUCAGUUCAGGCUCACACUGUUAUUGCUGAGAAAGCAAUGUGAGAGUAGUGCAUGCAGCAAAUUUUCACAUAUCUGCACAGAGUACAGUAUGUCAGGAAUGUCUGUCAGGGUGCCAUAGCAUAUCUCUGAAAAACUUAGUAUUUCCUUAUGGCUGAGGGGUAAUUGUGUAGCUCAUUUGUCCCUAAUCUCAGACACUAAUUUUUGUGUGCAUGUGUGUAAUUUGUAGAAUAAAGACCCCAAGAUGGCACGUGUGGCUCUGGAAUCUCUCUACCGUCUGCUGUGGGUCUACAUGAUCCGAAUUAAGUGUGAGAGCAACACUGGAACACAGAGGUAGUAGCUCCUUACAUUAUAUAUGUAUCUAUUUAAUCAACUCAAAUAAACUAUUGAUUUUUUUAAGCAUAUUGUGAACCAUACUGUUCUAUUACGUACUUUUAAUCAAAUAUAGCCCUACUUGUUCCUUUUUGUGAUGUUGGAUGUCUUACUUUGAAACUCAAAGGCUCUUUUAAAGGGAUAUUCCAGCGUAAAAUAAAGGAAGCUAAAAUGAUGUUUGGUGGCUAGUGCUGUGGCUGGGACCCUACAUGUACUGUUAAUGAAGGUAGCUGCUGUUCUGAGCAUUAUUUGUGGCUAUAGAGUGGCUUUUUGAUUGAAUGCGUGGCUCCUGAGAACACUGUGUAUCGGCAACAUUCAUCUCUCAAUGGGGUGUCUAACUUGGUGUUACGGUGUGUUUGACCCUAAAUUAAUUUUAUCCCUGAACAUUCCUUUAAACUCGAACCUCUUUGUGCUCUCGUCCUCUCCCCCAGUCGUCUGACGUCCAUUACGUCCACUCUGUUCCCCAAAGGGAGCCGGAGUGUUGUGCCCAGAGACAUGCCGCUGAACAUCUUUGUCAAGAUCAUCCAGUUUAUAGCUCAAGUGAGUUUGACUCGUUCAUGUGCAAAUUUACAGAAAAAGUUGGUACCUGUCUGCUUGAGGUCAAAGCAGAUGAGAAAUCAAGGUGUUCAGUGUUGAGUGAAAAAUGUGUUAACAUGCAGGAUAUCUUCUGUUUUCCACCUUGACCCUAAAUAUUAGAAUGUACUCACUUCUACAUUUGCUCUCAUAAACAGGAUUACAAAAGAUCGUCUAUCUUUUCAAGUUUUUUACAGAAAUCCAUUUUCACACUGAAAAAAAUGUUUUCUAAUGGCUUUUGAAACUCACAGAAACAUUUCCAUAAUAUACACACUCAUGAUUGCUUCUAUCGCCAAACAGCUAUAAUGAUGGUUUAAAUAACUCAGUAAAGAUGACUCAGACUUUAUGCCAGUCGAUUGUUUUCUCCUUUUCACAUUUGCUGUUUCUCUAUACGAUUAGUUACAUAAUAAUGUGUCCCAUCAGUUACAUAAUGCAGUUGAACUUAGCUGCCUCUCACAACACAUUAGCUCAAAAAAAUCCUGUAACACCAGUAUGUUUGCCAUCUUUUCAGGAGAGACUGGAUUUCGCCAUGAAAGAGAUCAUAUUUGACCUGCUUAGUGUCGGGAAACCUGCCAAAGCCUUCAGUCUGAACCCGGAGGUACAGCAGAUGAUCAACUUGUCAUGUAACAGGGACAGACAUUUAUGUACAGUCAUCAGUCACCAAAGAACAAAGUGCCCUCUGUUGCAGCUUUGACAGAGAGUGCAACACCAGUGUGAAGAAGCACCUCCAGGGUUGAUCAUAUACAGAUUGAUAAGAGGAAUCUGGUCUUAAAAGCAGAACUAAGUUGUUAGAAUACCUCCAGUGGUUACCUGCAUCAAGUUUUAAAAAACACUGAAAACACAAAUCUUGAAAGUAAAAGAUCUGGGAUGUGUACACAGAAAGAUUCUUCAUACCAGAUCAUCAAAUCAUUAUUUUGCUAGCUCCUACAAACACAACAAAAACAACAUCUCUUGCCAGAUCUUAGUCAGCGAGUUGCAUUAUGGGUAAUGUAGACACCAGAUGUUGACAAGGAAAAGGAUAAGGAAGAUCGUUUCCUCUGCUUUGCAAUAGACUCUAGGUUCUAUUAAUAGCAUUUGUGGUGAGUAUGUCAGUGGUAUGAAGCUUGAACCACUUUCAAGUGAUGUGCUGAGGUUAGCAGUCAUCUAGUAAAUAUGUUUUCGAGAACAUCAAACAAAGAAAAAUGCAUACAAAGGUGUUUCUGUUUUAUAAUAUUCAUUUAGUUUGUAUUCAUUUCCUCUCUUUGUUGUUAUUAUGAUCAUUAUUUUAAGUUAGAGCCACAAAUUGGAUUGUGCUUCGGUUUUUCUGAAUGGAUUGAGGAUGUUUUGUAUUUGUGUUCCAGCGUAUGAACAUAGGUCUGCGGGCGUUCCUGGUGAUAGCAGAUGCUCUGCAGCAGAAGGACGGAGAGCCUCCCAUGCCCAACACAGGGGCCACACUACCGUCUGGUAACUCGCUGAAGAAGAAGAAAACUUAUCUCAGCAAGACGCUGACUGAAGAGGAAGCCAAACUCAUAGGUCUGUGCGUUAGCUGAGAUGUUUUCUACGAGCCUCUUAUAUUUGAAUGCUUUCUCUGAUGUCUCCGUCUUUUCUCCACAGGCAUGUCUCUGUACUACUCCCAGGUGAGAAAGUCUUUAGACAACAUCUUGAGACAUCUUGACAAGGAGGUGGGUCGUUGUAUGAUGCUCACCAGCGUCCAAAUGCUCAACAAAGAACCAGAGGACAUGAUCACGUAUGUAAACAUGAACCUGUGGCGUGGCGUAUAACUCUGAUUGAUCAUUUCAUUUAGUUGCAUAUUUAUCCUUGGUAUGUUUGAAACUUAUGCAGAACAAACAGAAGUAAUUUGUCUUGUACUAUCAAUGUGUUGGUCUUUUUCUUGAUACAUUAAACAAAAAAAUAGUUCUAAUUAAAAUAUGUUGAUUUCAUAAUUAACAAUCAAUGACUGAAGCUUCUUAACAUGGUGAAACAGUUGUAUAUUGUAUCAGGCUUAAGCACUGAGAAGGAGUUAAAAGUAAAUUUAUUGUCUAGCCUUCACAUAAUCAACAAAAGCCUUGUUUAAUUUCUCGAUGGAACUUGGAGAACCUCAAGAACAAGCUGUCGCUGAACAUCUCAGACUGACAGGAAAUUAAUCUGAGCACCAGGGUCUCAAAUCCUGCGACAGUCAAAGUGAGUCCUCUGAGGCCGCUGUCUUCCCCGCUGUCUAAGGACCUAACUCUACUUUAAGCUCAGGAGGCUGUGGAUGGUGAAUCUUUUUCUUGCCUCGAGUUUGCUAAAUGUCCCAUGUCUAUCUCUCACAGGGGUGAAAGGAAGCCUAAAAUCGACCUGUUCAGGACGUGCGUCGCAGCCAUUCCUCGGAUCCUCCCUGACGCCAUGUCUAAACUUGAGCUCAUAGACCUGCUCUCACGGUGAGUUUUAGUUGGAGCGACUUUAACUUGGCCUGACUUAUUCGCUUGUUAUAUAUUAACAUAAACUUCUGUGGUUAUUUCACGUCUGUCCUGCUGAGGCAUUGUGGGUUUUUGUGUAGCCAUUGGUAUAGAAACAUGGACUUUAACCUUUCUUAUUUGUCCCUCAGACUUACGGUGCACAUGGAUGAUGAGCUUCGCCUCAUUUCACAGAACUCCCUACAGAGCCUGUUGUUAGAUUUUUCAGACUGGAGGGAAGACGUCCUGUUCGGUUACACACAUUUCCUUUUGCGUGAGGUAAGACUCACAAACUCAGAAGACACUGAAGGAUUACAUAACGCAUUACACAUCUAUUACAUGUGUUUAGUCAGAACUUACUGUACGCAUAAAUCAUGAAGACAUUUUUGUCAUGAUGCUGUUUUUUCUUUUUUAUUGCUUUGAACACCUGCACGUCUCUGUCUCCUUGCAUGUAGUCACUUGAAACCAUAAGCCUUUUAGUUAUCUGUGUGCAGACAGUUGUUUCUGUCGAGUUUUAUCCUUUCUUGCUAAAAUGAUCCUCUCACCUCUCAUAACUAUUCCAGGUCCAAGACACACAUCAGGGUUUGCAGGACGCAUCUGUGAAGCUCCUCCUCCAGCUGCUCACACAGUGGAGGUUAGCUCUGCAGCUCCAGGGGAAGAUGCGAGGAGGAGUUGAGGUUUGUAAAAGAGGAAGUUCACCCUGCUGAUACUUGUAUUGCAGCUUGUGUUUUUCCUCUUGUACACCAGGUGUAAUGUGACAUUGGUUUGAAAUGAUAUUUAUGAUAAACAGGGUUAAUCAAUAGCUUAUUGUCUCUCUUAACCAUCAGUCCAGCCCAAGACUGCCUGAGCGGAGCCCUCACUGCUCAGUUCUUCAUGCCGUUGAAGGUCUAGCCCUGCUGCUGCUCUGCUCAUGUCAGCUCAGCACAAGGAAGCUGGCAAUCGGUGUGCUGAGAGAAAUACGCUGCCUCUUCACAGCUCUGGGACACGCUGACGUAAGAACAGGAAACUCAAGUCUACACCAAAUUUAACAGAGAUUGAAUCCCGAGCUUCUCUCACUUUUUAAACCUCAGUGUAGAUUUUUAGCCGACAAGUUGACAUGAAUUCAAACUUAUCAGACAGUUAGUGGCCGAUCUUUUGAUGACAAGGGGUGGACAUGGAAAUAUAAGGAUAUUUUCUCAAGUUGUAUGGUGCUGUUAAAAAAAUAGCUGACUCUAUGAACGUCUACCCCUCCAGGAUGAUGACAAACCCAUGAUAGAGGUCAUGGACCAGCUGAGUCCAGCUGUGAUGGACAGCUUUGUUCAUGUGGCCGUCUCUGACUCUGUAAGUUCGCAGGUAUAAGCAGAAUAAGCUCCAAAUGACUUCUUUGCUUCCAUGUCUUCAUUUCAAUCGUCUUCUCUCCUUUCCCUAUAGUCCACCCUACCCCUCAACCACCAUGUUGACCUGCAGUGGCUGGUGGAGUGGACGGCUCGCCUAGUUAGCAGUUCCUAUGACGUGAAGAGCCCAAGCCAUGUUUGGAUCUUUGCUCAGUGCAUGAAGGACCCAUGGGUGCUCUGUCUCCACAUUUUCUUGCGGCAGGAGCACCUUCCCAAACACUGCCCCACUGCUCUGGGAUACGCCUGGCCCUACGUUUUCACACGGCUACAGCUGCUGCUACCACUGGUUGACCCAAAGUAAAGGAACACACAUAAAUAAAGUCUUAGAAGUUUCACUUUUAAAUCUUUAAAGAUACAUGCUUAUGAACAUUUCUGUAUUGUCUCUCUGCAGCAGCCCCGUGAACGCCAAGAAGACCAGCACUGCCGGCUCCAGUGACAACUACAUUUCUCUGUGGAGGAACUACCUGAUCCUGUGUCUGGGCGUGGCUAAACCGAGCAUCAUGUCGCCUGGUCACCUCAGAGCUUCCACACCGGAGAUAACCGCCACUACGCCUGAUGGCAGCGUCACCUAUGACAACAAGGUGGGUGCUGGAAGAAGCAGCAGAGUUUUUGUUCAAAUCUGGAAAUUUCAGAUAUGUUAGAGACCAACAAGUGAUUUUCAGGUAAGGACAAUAAUAUUAGAAUGCAAUAAAUUUCUAAUACUCGUAAUAUAUUGUUGCCCUGACAGAUGUGGCUGAUGGUAACAGUCAUAAAUGCUAAAACUUUGAUAUUUUACCACAGUGAGAUUCUGGCUCAUGAUCACUGACGAAAAGGUUUAUUUUAUUUAUUCAUUUUUGAACAGAUUUGACAGGUAAUGUGACCUGACCCGUGUCUGUGCCUUUUUUUUUUUUGUUGUUCUCAGGUGAUAGGCACUCCAUCAGUCGCCUGGCUUUUAAAACAGCUUGUCCCUCUAAUGAGAGCCGAGAGUUUGGAGAUCACUGAGUCUCUGGUGCUGGGGUUCGGAUGCACGAAUGCUCUGGUCUUCAGGUACUAAAAACCAACAAAACACCUCAAACACAUCAGAUCAGAAAGCAUGGAACUCCUUGCAGCUGCCAAUAUCCAAACUCGCACAGAAAACAUUUAAAAAGACAACCAAAAAACAUCAUGGAAAUUCAUAUCUGUAAAAUAACACAUGGGGUGCUACGCAUGCUGGUAGGUUUUCUCGUUGUUGUUAUUUUGAUUUGUUUCACUCCUUUAUUUUAUUUUAUUGUGAUUUUCUUUUUAUAAUCAUCAGUGUGUCUGGUUUAUGUCCCAUGAUGUAGAUAACAACCCAUAUGUUUUGUUUAAAUCUAAUGUAAGUUCCUGUCGACCCGUCUUGUCUUUUUCGGGUUCUGAUCAUAAAUGUACGUUUAAAUGUAUUGUUUUCAAAUGUGGACCCCAUGAUGACUAGCAUUGCUAUAGAGCACAGCUAAUGGGGAUCCUAACAAACAAAUCAGAGUCCGACAAAAUGAAGUUCAUCACAAAAACAAGUGUUUGAUUUUAUGCUCAGACCGUGGAUCCUGCUGUUUGCUGUUCUAAUUUCAUUCAGGCCUGUUGUUUUUCCGUGUGAUUUUUCACUUUGGCAGAAGAUAAACCCACACAUUAAGCCCUCACAAAGAAAAUGAAUAAUGUGCUAGAUGUGGUCCUGACCUGUUACGUAAGAAAGACAUGACUCAUCAGUCUCUUAACGCUGCCAUCCUUUAUUAGUUAUUCCCAUCAGUCUUUACAUUCACAUCAUAACCGAGAUGAGCUGCAUGCCUUUGAGACAGUCAGCGGAAAAUAAACUUGUGUCACUGAUGUAGAAGAGAUUUCUCAAGGGGAUAGAGAUGUAUCAUAUUUUUCAAUAGACAGAGGAUCCUUUGUGAAGCGAGGGUUUUCAUUUUAAAGAGAUCGUCUAUUUUUGACCUGAAAUAUUUUCCAACAGAAUACUCAUUGUUGUAAAAGAGAUUAAUAUCUCCCCAGACAAAUUUAUCUAACAUUACAGAGUUUGGUUUUUAGGGCAUUUGACAUUUGGGUUGUGUAAGAGAGAUAUCUGAUACAAACUCUCUGUUUCCUUAAAUCAGAACAUUCUCUGUCGAUAAGGAAGUGAAAUGAGAUGAUCACACUUGUCCUUCUCUCCUGUGUGUGUGUGUGUGUGUUUAGGGAGCUGGUUGAAGAACUCCAUCCACUGAUGAAGGAAGCACUGGAAAGGAGGCCUGAGGUAACACACACAUGAACACACACAGACACAAACAAAUGAAAUAAUAAUGAAUAAUAAUAACUUUAUGUACAUAGCACUUUUAAAAACAAGAGUUAACAAAGUGCUUUAACAUGCAGGAAAACAAAGAAGGAUAAAAAUAACAGAACAACAAAAAGAGACGACUUGGGGGGGAAAAGAGCCUUGACAAGACUGAAACCCAGACUACUAAUGUGACAUUAUUGGCAAUAAAGAAAUAAAAUAAAAUAAAAAUCAGUGGAACACAUAAAAGCUUAGCUGAGACAUCAUUAAAACGUCUCUGUAAAAAUUAGGAAGGAAAAUUUAGAUUUAUCAAUCACAGAGAGAAAACUGUAAAAAAGAAAUAUGCAUCCCCCACAAAGUAUUUUAACAUUUUAAGGCCCACUCAUUUCACUGCAAAUAAAACAGUGUAUACUUAUCCUUGGUAAUGGUUUUGUGUUGCCCUUAAGAUGCUCCCGGACACUAAAAAUCUGGUGUGUUAUUUCAGAACAAGAAGCGCAGAGAGAGGAGGGAUCUUCUCAGGCUGCAGCUGUUAAGGAUCUUUGAACUCCUGGCUAAUGCAGGAGUCAUCAGUGACAGGUACCACCUACAUUCAUACUCUGAGUGCUCUUGAGUUGUAUCGGCAGUGAUUUUUGGUUAUGCAUUUUGGCUCAUACACUUAGGCGUAAUCAUUCUUUCAUUGCUCAUCUUAUCACCCCGUCAGUGUGAAAUGCAGCUGUCUCUUUAUUGCUUCCCUGUGAACUUGGAGUCUGCAGAUUAACAUGUCUAUCAAACAGAUUACUUCUUUCAUUUCAAAGAUCAUGUGUUCAUCAUCUGCUCUUACUUAUUAUAGCACCAACGGAGCGCUGGAGCGCGACUCCCUGGCACUCGGUGCCUUGUUUCUUGAGUACGUGGAUCUCACUCGGAUGCUUCUGGAGGCUGAGAAUGAGAAGGAGCUCGACGUGCUUAAAGACAUCAGAGCGCAUUUCAGCGGGAUGGUGGCGAAUCUCAUUCAGUGUGUUCCGGGUAAAUAAGUGUGCUAUUGUUCUGUUAAAAUAUAUUCAACAGAGCACAUAUUUUUUGUGUGCGUGUUUUGCAGCUUUAAACUAAGUUUUCACUCCACAGAUUUUACAAAAGUAAAAAAUUGAUUUUGAAAUAAAUCAGAUUUUUGUCUUCUAUUUUGACCCUUUUUGAUUUUCCGUCUCCCUCUCAGUCCACCACAGGCGCUUUCUCUUCCCCCAGCAGUCUCUGCGACAUCACCUCUUCAUCCUCUUCAGUCAGUGGGCCGGACCCUUCAGUGUCAUGUUCACACCCCUCGAUCGUUACAGUGACCGCAACCACCAGAUCACUCGCUACCAGUACUGCGCUCUAAAGGUAGAAAAAACUUCACCCUCAGGAGAAAUUAUUUAGCACUUUAUUCUGCAAUACUUUAGUGUUCACUUUCUUUCCGUCACACAGGCAAUGUCAGCGGUUCUGUGUUGCGGUCCAGUUUUUGACAAUGUGGGACUCUCGACUGACGGCUAUCUCUACAAAUGGCUUGACAACAUCUUGGCCUGCCACGAUCUUCGGGUAGGUUUAAUUGUCUACCGAAACUCUACCUAAAGUUUUGUUCUGUUACGCUUUUAUCUGUCGAAUAUAAAAUAACGUUUUCCUCUAAAGGUGCACCGUUUGGGUUGUGAAGUGGUCAUCCUGCUCUUAGAACUGAAUCCAGAUCAAAUCAAUCUGUUCAACUGGGCUGUAGACCGCUGCUUCACUGGAUCGUACCAGCUAGCUUCUGGCUGCUUCAAAGCCAUCGCCACUGUCUGUGGUAACAGGUGGGGAACUGUGUGGUUGUGAGAAAUUCUAAAACAAAGACACUUAACAUUCAGCAGCUUUUUUAUUCAGACUUCAUUCUUGAUGCCACCCACAUCUGUUGUCUGUUACAUUUAAAUAAUCAGUUUUCAUUCUAGCAAACAAUUCAUGACCAUUUGUCUUUUCUUUUCCAGAAAUUACCCAUGUGACCUUGUUACCUUGCUCAACCUGGUGUUGUUCAAGGCGUCAGACACCAGCAGGGAAAUAUAUGAAAUCUCUAUGCAGCUGAUGCAGGUACAGACUGUACAUAAUAGAAAAGAACUCAAUUCUCAGUUUGUAAUAUUGAUUAACUGCACAAACUUUGCGAUGCGUAUCGGCAGUUAAAUCUGUAUGAUGCGUCUGCAGGUGCUCGAGUCGAAGCUGUGUGCGUACUCGAAGAGGAUGGUGGAGCAGAAGCCCGGUAAUAUUCUGUACGGGACGCACGGCCCUCUGCCCCCGCUGUACAGCGUCAACCUGUCCCAGCUCUCCAUCCAGCUGGCCAGCAUGUACCCCGAGCUCACUCUGCCUCUUUUCUCUGGUAAGUGUUUUCAGCUUGACAUUACGUACAGGUCAUGUACGGGGAGAUCGAGUCAGGUUUUUGUCGUGUCAGAAAUACCAAAACUGAAUUGGCAUCAUAUUUUUGUGGAAAAGCAUGAAGUACUUAUCACACCUCUACCUCAUACACUCAAACAUCAUGUCUCUCCACACUGUGAUGUUUCAACAGAAAAUACUUCGAAUUGAAUAAAAGAAACUGAAUUUUCAGAAUGCUGUUUUCUUGGAACAUUAUUGUUUGGUGCAGCAAUUCAGUGAACUGUUAACUCUCUAAACCCACACAGUCAGACUUCUUAAGAGUUCUCCGUAUUUGCUCUUUCUGUUGUAUUUAUCUCCUCAUGUGCUUCAUACAUUCCUUCCACUUCCACUUUUUCUUUUCAGAGGUGAGCCAGCGAUUCUCAACCACACAUCCUAACGGCAGACAGAUCAUGCUCUCCUACCUGCUCCCCUGGCUUAGUAACAUUGAGCUCGUGGACACUGGGCUCAUGCCCCCGGCCUCAAGUCCCUGCACGCCUGAGGAGGAGCCAAACGGUCAGGGUCAGGGUGUUGGUCUGUCUCCAUGUCUACGAGGUAGCGGCUGGGGCUCCCUGCAGGCAACCUCACUUGUGCUCAACAACCUCAUGUUCAUGACUGCUAAGGUAAGAGGCCUUAUCUGCAAGACUUUUCUUUGUAUUUAAAAAAAAAAAAAAACACGCACGCUCUUUAACUGUUUUUCUUUACAUCAUCAGUAUGGAGACGAGGUUCCUGGCCAAGAGAUUGAGAAUGCGUGGAACGCUCUGGUAUCCAACGAGAGGUGGAGCAACAACUUACGGAUCACUCUGCAGUUCCUUAUCAGCCUGUGUGGAGUCAGUAGUGAUACAACACUCUUGCCUUAUGUAAGUGUAGUCUGCACGCCGCCUACACUGCUCUAAACUUGAAGUCCCCUCUUUAAGCGUUUGUCUUAAAAAUAUUGUGAAAUAUGAUACAAGGUCAGUGUUGAUUUGACAAAUACGGAAAGCUUAUGCUAAAUGAAUGUUUUAUCUAUUUCAGAUCAAGAAGGUGGUGAUUUACCUGUGUCGCAACAACACCAUCCAGACUAUGGAGGAGCUUCUGUUUGAGCUGCAACAAACCGACCCGGUCAAUCCUGUGGUCCUGCACUGCGACAACCCUCCCUUCUAUCGAUUUGCAGCCAGCAACAAAGCCUCCACUUCACAGACAGGUAAAAGGACAGACCCCUGAGUAUCGUGCAAGCUUAAAAACAGGUGAAACUGACUAGUUGACUGUUAAUGUGGAACUUAAUGAGUGUUUGUUUACAUUUGUACUAUCUUGUGUGUAGGCACCACCUCUAGCAGUAACACUGUGGUGGCGGGUCAAGAUAACCUCGCAGACACAGAUGAGAGCAAGCUGGUCAGAGACAGUGAGGAUCGGUGAGUAUUAAUACAAACUUAUCAUACUUUAAGUAAAUUUGUACUUUGUAAGUAUAGAGAUUCAACUUUCAUGCCAUUCAUUGUCUCAGGAGGGCCAAAGCUCACAACAGACUGGAGUCUCGCUACAGCAACAGCUCUGGAGGCUCCUACGAGGAUGAAAAGAGUAAGUCCUGUUUGAUUUUUCAUGAGAAUGAAUCUGAAAACUGACUGUAUACUUAGGCUGUGUACUCAUGCAUGCAGCCCACAGAGACUUAUAGCUGUCUAUGAUUUUUUAAAGGCUCCAGGACAUGGAUUCUGUAUGUCAGACCAUAAUGUUAAAUCCUUAUUGUCAACAAUCCUCUUCAUACGCAUGUAAAAGCUCAGAGUGACAGUCGCUUGUUUUUGCAAGGUGCACUCUAGAGGAACACCAGACAGAAACCUAGGUGUCGUUCACUGCUGUUGAAUUUUGUCACCGGUGUCACAGCUGUAAAUCAAACAUGUUAUUUGGAAACAGGCCAAGACCCACCAUAUGUCCCCUAUGACACAGAUACCGAUUUAUCCUCAACCACACUGAUGGCACCAAGUCUAUCUUUAGCAGGCGUCUGUGUUGGGAAGCUUCCACGUGUGAGUCUGCUGCUGCUGCUGCAGUCCUCAUGUGACUGAGCAGAGCUGUAAUGGACUGCCAGUAAAAGGCUGAAUCCAUUUUCCAAAACUCGAUCUGGAAAACAUCGAGCUCAGGAGAGUUUUACCGAGCCAGUUUUUUAAUUGAUUAUAAAAACUCACUCACUUUAACCUUUAAAAAACAGGGGUUUGACUUAACAAUAGGGCUUUUAAGCAAUCAAAACACAACACAAAAUAAAAUGAAUAAAACAAGAAUAAAGAUGGUAAAUAAAGGAUAAACAGUGAGGCAUUUUUUUUAUCAGUUUAACAGCAUUGGUGGGGAAAAAAUGCUAUUUCUGUGGCGUGUUGCUAAUCAUCUGCUUCGACACUUAACUCCCUCUCAGCAGGUUCAGGCACUAAAAAAAUACAUUUUAGAAAGUGUCAGUGUUGUUUCUAACAGUCCUGUUUACUUUUGUAGGUGACAGAGAGGCAACACUGGGAAUUUCAGUUUCUUUUAUAACCAGUUAAAAAUUCCUCACAAGAGUUUACCAAAAAAAUGUCUGAAUUUACAUUUUUUUGAAAAGUUAAUAAUUUUGGAAAUAUCCUAUUUUACUUUCUCCAAAUUUGAUGUCUAAAAAGUAAAUGAUGAUGACUCCACCACUGGCCAGCUUAUAUAACUUAGCAUAAAGAUUAUAAACAGGGUAAAUGUCUUAAACACAGAGAUCAGCGUGCUUUAUCUUGUUUUUUUAAAAAUGAAAGCAAAGAAUUUUCAAAAUUGCCAGUGAAUGAUUAUGUUCUGAACUUUACCUUUUUGAGUACCAGAUAUUGAAUUCGACCUUUUGGUUCCCGUACAUGCUGAUGAAGAGAGUUAUUGAAUAUCUGACGUGUGUCUCACUCGUGUCGGAUCAUCAGAUGUUUGGAAUAGUUUGUGAAUGACCUGUCAGAGACGCUUUCUGUCUCUGUGUUGCUUUGAUGUUCCUUCAUGGGAACUCUUUUUCUGCUCGGCAGCAGAUGGUCAGUGUAUUUUUAACAGAUAUCUUCAGAGUUUAGCGAGAAAGCCAGGCCCAGUAUGUUUAAUAAUAAUGAUCACUGAUUAACUGUGUCUUUAUGAAUUAACUGAGUCUCCGUUCUUUUGUGUAGCAGACCCACUCCCACCAUAUGCUGGUUGGUUACUGGGUGUUUUGGAGACGAACCACCCUCAGCCGUUACCCAUGCCCGUUAACGGAGGCUGCUGGGCCCCUCUGGUCGACUACCUCCCAGAAACCAUCACUCCUAGAGGACCGCUGCAUAGGUACACUUCACUCACAAACAUGAACGUACAUGACAGAGGUAGUCAUCUCUAAAACAACCUCAAAACAGACUCUGUGAUCCAGCUAUCAGCAGAGUCAGGAAACCAAGGUAUUCUCUCACCUAGUAAGGCGUAGUUACACCUUUAACAGAUGCUCUGAUAAACUUCGGCGUGGAAUGAGACAAAGCCAGCUGCUGUGAUAUGUAAAGAAUGGAUAUCAGAGUGGAUUUACAAUCUACCUUCUUGUCUUCUAAUGAUAUUCUGGUAAGAUUUAUAGAUCAUACAAAUCAUGUUAGGGUUUGCUGAUUAUAGUUAUUACAUUAAUCUGAUUGUGUUUAGGCCAAUUUUCUUUUAAUUGUGAUAUCGUGUCGAGACAGGUCAAAUGAUUCUCACAGUUACACAGCACACUCAAACAUUUCUUUUCAGAAAUCACUCAUUUAUAAAGUGAGAAUUGAAUAUUUAAGUUUUUUUAAACUUAGCCCAUUUGUCUAGAGUUUAACUAACGUUCAACCACAAACAAACUAGUUCUGACGAGUAAAAUGUGAUUAUUUUACAUUUUCCUUUGUCAUCUUUGAUAGUAAAAUGAAAGUUUUCAGUUUAAAAAUGAUGCUGACGGAAAAGAAAAACAACCUGGGCACACUCAAACCUGGGAAUUUUCCCUUAGACCCACCAUCAGUGAAGGGUUUCCUUGUUAUCCUUUUGUACUGAUAAUUAAAGAAAUGUAGUUCAGGGAAAUGUCGGUAUUUAGUCCACUCCCAAGAUUCUGUUGUGUCCUCAGGUGUAACAUAGCAGUGAUCUUCAUGACUGAAAUGGUGGUGGACCACAGCGUGAGAGAGGACUGGGCUUUACACCUGCCCCUGCUAUUACAUGCACUCUUCUUGGGUAGGUGUACACAACACAAACACAAACAAACACACACACAGCUAACUCAAUUUGGUUUCAAUUUAAACAAAGUGAACAGUAAAAUACUGUCAUUCUGGAUAGUGUCUUAUGUGGCGACAUGAACUCUCGGGUGGGCCAACCACAUCAACUGGACCUGAGGAGAUAGAAUCAAAUGAAUGAUCAUUCACUGCCCUCCUGAAUAGGUUGUUUACAUUCCCACACACAAGAAUAACCUUCAGGUGUGUAGGUAUUCUCUGACGUCCAUUAAGCUCAUGCCGUGACAGUCUCAGGUUUUAUCUUUUAUCCCACACAGACAUGCGUUUCAGGACAGUCUGUUCUCUUGUGUCACAGCUGAGACAUUCCCUCAGGGCCUGAGUUUCCCACAAAGACAUUUGCUUAACAUGUGGACACAUAUCUACACCACCAACGGUGCAGAACAGAUAUAUCAUUCACUCUGCAUAUUCUACAUACUGACAUGAGUCAAGAUCAAGGUGUUCAUUAUCAUCCAUUUGAGUAUGUGUGUAUGUGUAAUCCAACCUUUAAGAAGACAAGGUGCUGCAUUAUUCUGCUGACUUUGGCGUCAUACUCGUCUGUAUCUUGUUAUUUUCCAGGUCUGGACCACUACAGGCCCGAGGUUUACGAACACAGCAAACGUCUCCUCCUCCACCUCCUCAUUGCCCUCUGCUGCAACAACAACUUCCAGGUCAGAGUGGGAGCCUCAGAAGUGUUGUUUAGUACUAGACACAGUGUUACGAAAGAGGAUUAGGGCCACAUGAGGAGAAAAAAAAUAAUUACAGGAACAAGAUUAAAGUUGAAAUUUCGAGAUUAAAAAAUCGAAAUUAUGUCAAUAAAGUCAAAAUUUCGAGAUCAAAAAUUGAAAUUUCGAGAUUAAAUUUGAAUUUUCGAGAUUAAAGUCGACAUGAAUUAAGUCGAAAUUUUGUGGAUUAAAUUGAAAAUUCGAGAUAAAAGUCAAAAUUUCUAGAUUAAAGUCGACAUGAAUAAAGUUGAAAUUUUGUGAAUUAAAUAGAAAAUUCGAGAUAAAAGUCAAAAUUUCUAGAUAAAAGUCGACAUGAAUACAGUUGAAAUUUUGUGAAUUAAAUAGAAAAUUCGAGAUUAAUUUGAAUUGAGGUCGAAAUUAUGAGAUUAAAGUCGACGGAGAUAAAGACGAAAUUUCAUGAAUAAAUUCGUAAUGUUGAUACAUACGUGCUAUACAGCGAGGCUGUAUUGUAUUGCAAGAUACAUAAGACAACUGAUCAAGUUGAUUGAUCCUGAAGGUGUGGAGCACAGAUGAGGCGCAGGCAUUACCGAAGCCGAGGACCCAAUGCGCUUUGGCACAUGGAUGGCUACGACAAACUUAAGCCAUACGGCAUUUCAUUUCGAUUUUUUAAAAUUUCGACUUUAAUCUCGAAAUGGAAAUUAAAAAAAUCUCCCUCCUGUAAUUAUUUUUUUCUCUUCUUGUGGCCCUAAUCCCCUUUCGCACAGUGUUCAUGGGAAGUUAUCAGGUGAAAUAAGAUCAUACCUUUUUCAGAUGAGCUUCAACAGUCACUAACGGAAAGUUGAUGUUGUGUUUCUAGGUCAUAGCCUCCGUUCUGAUGCUGACAAGAGAAAUCAGUGACAACAAGACCCUCACUAUCAAGUCCAGCUACCACACAGAGUACCAGCAGUCACGUAAGUUUAAAGCACAGAGCAACUUUUCCCACUCUGAUCGACUCUGUGACAAUUGCUACUGUAAAUAAAUGCUUGUUUUACCAAUUUUUCAUAUGAAUAUGCUGAUAGAAAUGAACUAAAAAGGUCAACUACCAAAUAACAUAAAAGCAGCAGUAGUUCACCUUUCUUUUAUCAUGUUCCCUCAGAUGCGCCUGACUUCCUGCGAGAGUGGCAGGCAUCCCCAGUUGUAGACUCUGGCCUCAGCUCCACCUCAAACUCCUCCUCUGCCAGUCUAGGUGGCGGCAGCACUGCAGGCAGUGUUGGAAAUCUGCCCCUUGUAACACCCGACGAUCUGGAGGACCUGGAAGACGCGCCCAAUGAGACGGACGAGAAGACGAACAAACUCAUCGAGUUUCUCUCCACCAGGUACACAAACUCACAUAGAGAGAGGUGAUGUUGUAAGCCAUUUUAGGUGUGAAUCUAUUCCAGGUGUGAAAAAUCUCACUGUGCGCAUGGAGUGCAUUUUAGUGCUUGUGUAAUGUGUAUGUGGUGUUACUGGUGGUGGGUAUACAGUGCCUGGAGUACUGUGUUGUCAUUGCUCAGAGCGCUUGGGCCGCUGUGGGUGCAUGAGGACAUCACACCGAAAAACCCCAACUCCAAAAGUACGGAGCAGCUCACCAACUUUCUGCGCCACGUCAUCUCUGUGUUUAGAGAGUCCAAGUCAGGUGAGGAAAGGAGUUUGGUUGAUUCUGUUGUCUGAAUAUUCUGAACAUGAUCUGGAGUGUCUUAGAAUAUCAAGUCCAAAAUUCUGAUAAAAACAACUUCGUAUGUUUUCCUACUUUUCUAUUCAUACAGAUUUCCAUCUAGAGCAGCAGCUUAGCGAUGUAGCUCUACAGACGGCUCUGUGCAGCUCUUCUCGCCACUACGCUGGGCGUUCCUUCCAGAUCUUCAGAGCCCUGAAACAGCCGAUCAACAACCAUGCGGUUGCAGACCUGGUGUCACGCCUCGUCGAGGUGGUAGGGGAGCAUGGAGACGAGGUGCAGGUAAGAGAGGAGAGGCUGAGUCUGAAUGAAUUAUCCAUGCCUCCACAUCCUGCUCACUCUACAGAUAGUUGUGCAUUUUAGAAUCGAAUAGAAUAGCCUUUAUUGUCAUUAUGCAGGUUAUUACUCAAAGAAUUGGAGAGGCUUCUCUGCUGGUGUGUUAUACUGUAAAUAUGAAUAUGUUUGCUGUCCAAUAAAAAACACGUAUCUCCAAAAUUUGUUUGUUUUUUCAGGAACAUUAAAAAACUAUUUUUAUUCAUAAACUACCUUACAGAAUAAACCCAAAACACUGUAAUUAGACACAAUUAGGACCUGAAAUCAAAAUCUAUAUUUACACAGUCAUCAUUGAUCUGUUUGAUAUUGUAAACGGACUUACCUGCUUUGCGUUGUGAGUGAUAGUGGAGAUACAUGUUUUUUUAAUAAUGCACUCCAAUGACUUUUGGUUAAAAAAAAAAAAAGUCCUGAUCGCUAAAAGUGGAGAUACGUGUUUUUCAUUAGACGGCGACAAUAUGUUCGUCUUGCAAACAUUCUUAAAAACAACCAACAAGUUAAAAAAAGACAGACAAGCAAUCAGCAUCACAGCAAUGACAUGAAAAAAUAUCACAGGAAAAUUUCUAAUAUUGCAGUGAGGCUAUUGCACAAGGAUUGCAUACCUGUACAUGUUUGCAGUAUUGCACAGUGGGUGAGGUAGUGUGUCAGGUGUGAGGGUUAUUGCACAUGAGUGUUCAGUCCAGAAAUGGCUUCGGGAAGAAACUGUCUCUCAGCCCGCUGGUCCAGGUUCUGAUAGACCUGUAGCGCCUGCCUGAGGGCAACAUUUCAAAGAGGUGGGAUUUUGGUGCUGUGAUUGAAUUCAGUCCAUGUUUCAGGGUUAUGUGAUGGAGGUGCUUUUGACGCUGGAGUCAGUGGUCGUGAAUCUAGCAGAAUGCCUGAAAAACAGCGACUUAAUGGCAGCGUUAACCAGGUAGGUCUCUCUAGUCCUAUUGAACAAAAUAUUUUAAUCUAAUCUCAAGAAUUUCAUGUUGAGAAUUUCUCAACAAAGCCGUGCUCAAGUGUUUCUAUCCUCCCUGUGUUUGAUUUUUAGGACAUCCUCACCAGACUUUGUGACCAGUGACAAACUGAUGAACAGAAAGAGUACAGGUCAGCUGAAUUUCCCUGGUCCUGGAUUUGUUGGUCUGUCUUCGCAGCGGCACCAGCGCUCCUACUCCGUCCCUAAGAAGUUUGGGGAGUGUGGCCAUCAUGCAAGUGAUCCUCCUCGCAGUGCAACUCUGGAUCGCAUACAGGCAAGAAAAGAAGACGCCUCUCCUGCAAAGAAAUACACUUGUGGAUGAGAAGCGUAUCACUAAUACAAUUAAAAACUUUUUUUUUUUAAUCGACAGGCUCUCAACAGUCAUGGCCUUUCCAGAUCAGGUAGAACCCCUGGGUCUUGCACAUCAUCGACCAAUCGAAUCGAUCCGAGUGUCCUCUCCGACCCCGCCCAUAUCUCCCAUCCGUCAUCAAUACUCGCUACAGUGUUCUGGGUAGCGGUGUCACUGAUGGAGUCAGACUUCGAGUUUGAAUAUCAGAUGUCACUCCGCCUUGUUCACAAGUUGCUGUCAAAGGUAAACAAGCCAAGAUUCAAGAGAGGUUGGAUUAUCAGCGAUGUGCAGAAAUCUGAUCAACCGUUCUGAAAUAAUCCUGAUGGUGUCCGAUUGCAUAACAAGUGCACACUAAAUCAUUCAAACAGCUUCGGUUCAGUUACAGUUGAAGCUGAAAAACCUUUUUUGUUCCCAGGUGCCAUUAGACAGAGCAGAGAACCGUGAACGCCUUGAGAAGCUGCAGGCUCAGCUGAGGUGGAGCGGCUUCUCUGGGAUUCAGCAGCUUUUGUUAAAAGGUUUCACCUCCCAGGCCACGUGCGAUCUCACCUUACAGCUCUUCUGCCAGCUCACGCCUGUCUCACGAGUGCCCGUCGUUGACAGCUCACAGUCCAUAGGUGGGGAUCUUGGGUUCAUGGUUAUGUGUGGUCAUCUUGUGUUAUUGUUUGUACUGCAUUAUGUGGAGGUAAAUUCUUUCCGUUUCAUGCAGGUUUUCCUCUGAACGUGCUGUGUUUGCUGCCUCACCUGGUGCAGCACUUUGGCCACCCGAAUCAGUUUUGUAAGGAGAGCGCUGAAAGGAUUGCACAGGUAAUGACUUCUUUUGAUUUCUGCCAAGUACUCAGUUUAGGUGAGGUCAGGCCGUAUCAAUUAUUAAACCAGGAAAGAGAAACAAGCUUGCACAGAAAAGAAAAGUACAAAGUUAUGAACACAGAUGCACAGAUGCUCAUAACAAUGCCUCCUCCUCCUCCUCCCUCUUCUUUCCUCCCUCAGGUUUGUUUGGUGGAGAAGAAUACAAAGCUGUCCCAUCUGGCCCAUGUGAUGACCCUCUAUAAAACACGCUCCUACACACGAGACCCUUUCUCUUGGGUCAGUGUGGUCUGUCGCUACCUCCACGAGGCUUUCUCCGACAUCACACUCAACAUGGUCACUUAUAUGGCUGAGGUAAGUGCUAAUGGGUCUGCAUUUUCAAGCUCAUUUUAAGGGUUCAUUUAGGUUCAAGUUGGCGUUCACAUACUCACUGAAUGUCUUUCUCCAUUUUACAGCUGCUAGAUAAAGGACUUCCCAGCAUGCAACAGUCUCUCCUUCAGAUCAUCUACUGUCUACUCAGCCACAUGGACCUGACUGCAGUUCAAGUCAAACAGUUUAACGCUGAUGUUACUAAGACCAUUGAAAAGUUUGUCCAGGUAGCUGUCCAUGAUUUUUUGUUCAGUGUUUGUUGUUAAAGGGAUAUUCUGGCGUAAAUUAAUUUAGGCUCAAACACACCGUAACACUGAGUUAGACACCCCAUUUAGAGAUAAAUGUUGCCGACUGCUUGCUUCUCUAGUUAUACCAACUUUAGUAACGACCGCACGAUAGCAAAAUACAGCGGUCUGAGGAGCCAAGCACUCAACCAAAACGUCACUCUAUAGCCACAAAUAAUGCUCAGAACAGCACCUAACUUCAUCAACAGUACAUAUAGGGACCCAGCCAUAGCACUAGCCACCAAACAUUUUUUUAGCUUUGCCUGAUAUCUUUAGCAAAGAGACUAAACACAACUCACCUACUCUCCUCCAGCAGCCCCUUGUUUGUAGUGAGACCUCAGGCCAGUCCAUUACGGACUACAGCGGGGUGACGCAGCUCAAGGAAGAACAUUUAUGAUCAUUACUUUAUCAUUUCCUUGAAGUAAUAAUCACCAAAUUAAUCCUUUUGCACUGCAGACGCGGUAGUUCUUCUGCCUUAGCGUCUCGGUCUGAUUACAUUUCCAUGAAGAAAUGAUCAUAAAUGUUCUUCCUUGAGCUGUGUCACCCCGCAGCAGUCAGUUUGGACUCGUCUGAAGUCUCCGUACAAACAAGCGGCUGCUGGAAGAGAGUAGGUGAGUUGUGUUUAGUCUCUUUGCUAAAGAAAUUAGGCAAAGUUAAAAAGAUGUUUGGUGGCUAGUACUGUGGCCAGGACCCUAUAUGUACUGUUGAUGAAGUUAGGUGCUGUUCUGAGCAUUAUUUGUGGCUAUAGAGUGGCGUUUUGGUGGAGCACUUAGCUCCUGAGACCGCUGUGUAUUGCUAUCUGUGGUCGUUACUAAAGUUGGUAUAACUAGAUAAGCAAGCGGUCAGCAACAUUCAUCUCUGCGUUACUGUGUGUUUGACCCUAAUUUAAUUUUAUGCCAGAAUAUCCCUUUAAGUUUGCGCUGCCCUCUCAAUUAAAACAUGUCUUUGAUUUUAUAGACAGUACACUGGAAGGAUGCCUUGAACAUCCUGAAACUGGUGGUAUCACGCUCUGCCAGCCUAGUUCAUCCAGUGUACGGCCACACACAGGGUGACCUGUCAAACCUGGAAGUCAGCAGGGUGUGGGAUGGUUCAUCCAAGGCUUUACCUGGAAAAACCCUCGACUUCACUUUUGACAUCUCUGAGGUAAAGAACUUAAAAUUGAUCUUUUGUCAUUACAUGUGCAUCUCUUUGAAGUCUUAAAGUGGGAGUACAUACAUUCAAAAUCAUCCUUGUUUUCUCAUAGACUCCAGUAAUUGGGCGACGGUUCGAUGAGCUCCAGGGCUCGGGGGUUAGAGAGGGGAAGGCCAGAGCCAUGGCUGUUACCCGCAGCACUUCCUCCACCUCCUCUGGAUCAAACUCUAACACUAUCUUGGUUCCUGUCAGCUGGAGGCGACCGCAAUCCUCUCAGGUAGAUUGCAGCUCCUACAGUAUUUUGUAAUUUUCUGAUUUAGCCUUUAAAGUAAAUCCUUUUAAGUUAGUUUGCUUCUUUUUAUGUAUUCAACAACAAACACAUUUGUGCCUUUACUGCCUUUCUCAGUUUUCUAAGAACAAGAACAACUCUGUAAGACUGAUUGAUUGUUGUUAUAAAAACUGAAUUAAUUUAAGAUGUACAAGCAAAGAAACAGGAAAGACCUCUUGUCUGACAAGGAUUAUAUCUACUCUGUUUAAUUCUUUUUUUCUCUUGCUUUCCUUCUUCUACAAACAGAAAAGAACCAGAGAGAAGCUCGUCAACGUUUUGUCUCUUUGUGGACAAGAAGUUGGACUCACCAAGAACCCAUCUGUGAGCUACUUUCCGCCUCUUCUUUUAGAUACUCAACCCUCACCGUGUGCUUCUUCUAAACAGCCACAUACAUUUUAACAUGAGGAUAUAAGACGCUUGAAUUUUAAUGUAGCGUUUCGUGAACUCUGGAAGUUAAGCUUUGGUCAUUUUAUCAGAAGAAAGCGUCCACUGUCACGCUUGAUAUUUAAAGAGGAUAAUGCCACCAUCAUUUUUAAAGAAGUCAUGGCUUUCAUGCAGACCUCAUCACCUUUCUCGUCUUGUUUUAUCAGGUGAUCUUCUCGUCUUGUGGCGACUUGGACAUGAUGGAGGUGAGAGAGAGCGGCGUGUCGUCAGAGGAGGGCGGAACGAGAGAGGACACGCUCGACGACACUGCCAGUGAGCAGCAGUUUCGUGUUUUCAGAGACUUUGACUUCCUGGACGUGGAACUGGAGGACGGAGAGGUUAGAUUUAUAUCCUACUCAGUUUUACUCACGAACACUUUGAUGAUCACGUUUCUGUCUCUGUUUUUUCUGUCUGAUCUUUUAACAUGUGUUUAAUUUUCCACCUGUCGUUCUUCAACCACAACAUAUUUGAAAUGUAUAUCUCUGCCCCUCCUCCGUGUCUCUCUCUCUAUCUAACUCUGUGUCUCUCUCUCUUUCCCUCGCUGCCUAGGAGCUCCAGGUAAGGUCUCUCUCCCACUGAGCACUCACAUUGGCUUUUAUCAGUGCUGUGGUGUUGCUGGCCCCUUUGUUUCCCCUUGAAGAAAACAAAGAUGAUUGUGCUUCAUUUUGCUCUCACAGCUUGGUUGCCAAACUAUAUUUCUGACUAUACUGCUACAUGCCAUACCGGAUACAAAUGAUACUACACAAUCUUUUAUGGGACAAGAUGAUCAGUUUGGAUGCAAACAGCCUUUCCAGCGUAUUUCCAUCUCUUGAAUAACAGUUCAUUUUGCAUCUUGUGCUUGUCAGACGCUCUUAGGGAAUAAAUAUUCAAUAUCUUGGAAGUUGAAAUGAAAAUGUUCUCACUGCUGCCCUUUCCUCUGCCCUUGUGCCAUGUGUCUGUGCCUGUUAUCUAGGGCGAGACAGUCGAUAACUUUAAUUGGGGCGUGCGUCGACGAUCACUGGACAGCACGGAGCUUGGGGACCUGCUGGAAGAGAGCCAACACUCAGGCAGCACUCCCAGUCUCGGACACGAGGACCCCCAUGACUCAGAUGAGUCAUCAGAGGAAGAGGAGUCUUCGACUAGCCAGAGUCUCUCUCACUCUCAGCUUGUGCGUAGUCAUAACUGUGUGAUCAAUACCCCAUUCACAUCCACUGCAGUCUGAAAUAUGGAUUGUCUCUUAUCUCUAACAACCAAAUAAGGGGCGUAAGUCCAUCAAACUCAUAGAUAUACCUGAUCUGCUUUCCUAUUCCAGACUAACCCUUCUCCAUCGGAGGAGACCAAUCAUACUGAUUCUCUGUCUACUUCUUACGACACUUCUGCCGACCCACAAUCCCUUAAUGCCACCACGCCAGGCCAGGGAGCUCUCCACGACGAACUCAGAGGCUUACAUGUGAGGAAUAAUACUCACAUAUUGUACACUUUUGUUUUUAAACCGAAUCUGCAUGACGUUUAGAAUAAUCAAACACCCUUGGAUCUUCAGGGAAGGGCUUGUGGCGAUGAUGAAGACACUCACGCUCAGGAUGACGAGCUGUCACUGAGCGCAAACGAGAUCCCCCAAGGCUCCGACGGUGGCGAGAGCUUCACCCUGGAGCUGCCGGGGCAACCUCAGGAUCAGCCUCUCAAUCUUGGCCGUGGCUUCAAUCCUGAGUACUGCCAACCACCUCUGGACUUUCUAGACCCAAACUGUCUGCCCAGGUGAGUGUGACAGGAAGGAGUGUGGGGAUGGAACAGCAGACAUAUUGAUUGUAGAUUAUCUGAAAGUUGUGGGACAAAACUUUGGUCACAUUGUAGUCUGAGGGUUUAUUUUUUACCAGUUUGAACACACAGAUCAGUAGAUUAGUUCAUGAACGGGUCUGGAACCAUUCAGUUUUUCCCACUUUUUCUGAGGGGAUGAUUGCAAUGGUUGCAUACAAAGGCGCCCCUGAAACCAGUAAGGUUAACACAACAUGUGAUGUAAUGCAGAGCAACACCAACAGUGGCAUACAGAGGAAAAAACACCUUUCUCUCCAAGAAAGCUUUAAGGCUCAGUUAUUUUCUUUCCUAAUACUAUAUGUACCAGAUCUAGACAACAGCAAUCCUACUGUUCAGCUCAUGUAGUCCCAUGAGACAUCUGUUUACUUUAUUUUGAAAUAAAUCCUUUCCUCUUGGGAAGGAUAAAGUGCUUUUUUUUCAGCUGUGUCCCCGUUUCUUUCUCUUCGUUUUCCAUGGCUACAGCUUGCGCGAUGAUGUGGAUGACUUGGAGGACCUCGGUUUUCCUCCUCCUCCCUCCCCAUUCUUCUCCGCCAUCCUGGCAGCCUUCCAACCCACGGUGUGUGACGACGCUGAAGAGGCAUGGCGAUGCCACAUCAACCAGCUCGUGACCGACUCGGACGGGUCCUGCGCCGUCCACACGUUUCAAGUCUUCUCAUCUCUUUUCAAGGUAAAUGACUAAAAGUAAUUCUUUUUUUAUAAUUGCUUUGAAGUCAUCAAACUCUGGAAGGAUUUAAAUGACAUUUCCACUCUGUUAACUCUGUAAACUAACUCUGAUAUCCCUCAGGAUUUUUUUAGUCACCUGUGUAAAACAGUCCAUGAAGCCCUAAAUCUUUGUUUUUCUUUCCCAGAACAUCCAGGGUAAAUUCUGCCUCCUGACAACUGAUGUGGCCACAUACCUUGGAGAAGGUUUAAGGGGCAUUGGAUCAAAGUUCCUGAGAUCCUCACAGAUGUUAACCACAUGCUCAGACUGUCCCACAAUCUACAUCGAUGCUGAAACAGUGAGGAGUAUUGACUUGGCAUUAUUUAUUUUCUUUGACUGGCCCUCUAUUGAAUUGUCAUAACAUGUCAAACGUAUUUUUCACCUCCUGGUAUCUUCUUCUUUGUAGAUCAUGUCAUAUGGUCUCCUUGAAAAAAUGAAGUUCUCAGCGCUGGAGCUGCAGGAGUAUCUGGAUACCUACAACACCAGAGAGGACGCCGCUGUAUCGGUAACCCCGCCUCUUCACCGUAUUCAUGAAUUUAUUGUUUUUUAUGUAAUGUAAGAAACAAAUGAAUGAUCCUUCUCUCAAUUUGCAUUUUGCUGCUUUAGUGGUUGAGGAACUGUAAGGAUACAUUUCCCAGGUGCCCCGGUGAAAGUGUGGUAACCUGCCAGCCAGGAGACUCCGAGGAGAAGGUACAGACAUUUUUAUCCUGUAACAUGGAGCUUUCAGGCAAACACACUCAACAUACGAGGAACUUCUUCACCUGUGCUUUGCGUAUUUGUUCUCCUUCUUCUUCUUCGCUCUUCUUUCACACUGAGAAGUUUGCUCUCUCUGCAUGUUUGCUGUGUGUUUUGUAUUUUGCCUCUCUGAUUUUUUUUGUCCACAGGCAUCGAGGUCAAAAUAGGAUUUACUGCUUGUCUGGGUGUAUUAAACAUUGUUGACUAAUUCUGACUGUGAAUAGCCAUUGUUUACUCUGUGCUGUGCAUGUGUUUGAUUGACGCUCUAUCUUCCUCUCACCUCACUCUGACGCCCUAACAUGCUCUCUCGCUGUCUAGCAAAUGGAGUCUCUUGCAGUAAGUUCUCUUCCAAGUUUCUUCACUUCACUGCCCUAAAUUCUACAGUAAACUGAUUGAUUUACUUUGCGCAGUAUAACUAUUUAGACACUGAUGUUUGUUUGUAUUACUUCUGCAUGUGGGUAUAAUUAUUAUACAGGGUAUGAUUUGAAUGAGCUGCCUUGUUAUUGUGUCUUCCUCUUCCAUGCUGCUGUUAAAUCUGUUUAUUCAUUACUGUCUUCUAGCAACUGGAGCUUUGUCAGAGGCUCUACAAGCUGCAUUUCCAGCUUCUGCUGCUCUUCCAGUCCUACUGCUCACUCAUUGGUCAAGUUCAUGCCAUCAGCUCUGUGCCCGAGGUAAGUCAACUCAUAUUUCAGUAGAAAUCAUUUAUAGUCUUGACACAUGGAGCUCUUUUAUUGUUGAGUAUUUAUUUAUAAUAAGGAUUAAAUGUAGGGCUGGGCGAUAUGGCCUCAAAUCAGUAUCAGGAUACAUUAAGCAGAUCAUCUUGAUAAUGAUAAAUAGACAGUAACUACUCCACAAGCUGCUCACCCCCUCCCACAUUAACUUCAUCUUCUUCAGCCGCCACUUUUGAACCGUCCCCCAUCUCCUCACCUGUCUUUCCUUCUUUGUUAUGGACUGGAUGGAGUGGCAUCAAGUCUCCGACGUAGGACAGCAUCUUAAAGAGACAUGAGAUCAUCGCCUACCUACACACAUCCAAAACCAACUUUUAUUUAUUUAUUGUUUUGACACCGAAUAUAUUGACAUGGGCAAAAUGAUGGCGAUUAUUGUCGUUAAUUUCAGUAUCAGUAAACUUUAAGUUUAUCUCCCAGCCCUAAUUAAAUGUAUGCUAAAUACUGUGUCAAACUCUAAUAAUGUAUUAGACUUAGACAAGGGUAAAUGGCUUAAGUAUGCUGUCGAUGCUUGUACAGUUACGGAUUAGUGUUCAAAUCAAUGUCAGUAUUUACAAGUAUAUCCUUAUGUUUGUUUCAGAUAAAACUGAGUUGGUUGGUAUCAGUCGCUCAUUGAAAUUCCUUUGUACACCAAGUGACUGCUCACAAUCUUUACUGAUUAACAUACUCAAUACUGCAGACAGGGUGCAAGGAAAGUUAGUCAAAAAGUCAAGUUCAAUAAACAGUGAAGAAUAACAGCUCAACAACAACAACAACAACAGCAGCUUUAAGAAUAACAAAAACAUAAACAAAGCUAAGUAAGAAUACAGAGAAGUAAAUGUAUUCAAAACCCACCUGAGUCACAGCAGACUUGUCAGAUUUCCUCGCUGCACAGAAAAGCUUAAAGAGAUGGAAACAGGCAAUCACAGUCUGUUGCUUUUGCUAAAUGUCUAUAAAAGCUAAAAAAAAUAAAAAAAAACCCUGCUGUUUUGAAAUAUCUCCUCAUUAAAUAUUGUAAAAGCUUACAUUCAUCAACACCCUCACUAAACCAGCAUCUGUCUCCCUCCCUGUAGCUGCUGAACAUGUCGCGGGAACUGACCGAUCUCAAGACGAGCCUGCAGGCUGCGGAGGCGGCUGUAGCCAGCGACUUGGAGCACAAACUCCUGGCUCACACACAUGCGCACACCACCCAGAUGGCAGCAGUGGUUGUCCCCAGCUUCCCAACAUCUGAGGCAGCCGUGCAAGCCAUACUGGAGUGCCUUAAGAACCACGAGUUCACCAAAGCUGUGCGUUACAUCCAGGAGUGCAGGUGAGUUAAUCUCAGUCUAAAAAUAGAGGUUAUGGUUACCAGGUAACAUGAAGUGGUUUGUUCUGGCUGUCAUGCUGGCUCAGCUGUUUUAAGGACAUUGAUACUUGACUUUCAUAUAAAGGUGAAGGUGUGACAGUCCUGUCCUAAACAGGCUGUAUGAAAAAGGUUAUAGAUCGUAGGUUACAUUGAACCUUGAUUUAGCAGAUCUCCAGGGUCAUCGGUCACAUGUUGGGAGCAGGAGAAGAAACGAUUGGGUCGUUGAUGUCUUUUUUUGUAUUUCUCUUCCAGGAGGCAGUGGCCCAGCGGAGUAUUUGGUGGCAGCUCAGAGAGCGAGGUCCAGACGCUGCUCAACGUUUACUUCCGGCACCAAACUCUGGGCCAGACUGGAACCAUCGCCCUGGUCGGUUCCCGGCAGGACCUCAGCCUGAUCUGCUCCAAGCUGCUGGAGCUCAACGGGGAGAUCCGCGACAUGAUCCGCCGCGCCCAGGGUUACCGGGUUGUCACAACCUACCUCCCCGACUCCAGUGCCUCCGGGACCAGUCUCUGACAGGACCUCAGGAGCCCCCCACCCCCUCCUCCCCCACCCUUACCUCAACCAUUGACGCUUCCGAAACCAUCCCCACAUCCACCUCAGCCUCAUCUUACAGAGGAGUCCCAGCACCCUCACACCUGGCCCCUCCCUCCUCCUGUGUGUCUGCUGCCCCGGCUGCACAGCUCCAGACAGAUACCUGCUUACUCCCCCGCCCGAAACAAAAACCACAUUUAGACCCAAGUCUUUCUUUGACGUCCUCAUCUCCAUCUGCUGUAGACUCUGACAGCAAUUUCCCCGAUUUUCCCAACCCCCCCGAUCUUUUCUCAUCACACAGAUGCUUGAACGCACCCAGCAGACCAGACUUUACACUGCCACGCACACACAAGCACAGGAGAACUUAUCAGGAUGAAAAUCCAGACCUCUACAACCCUUUCAGAGGACAUUCAUCACACAGCUCUCCAUUGUUAAAUUUACACAGCAGCAAACACCUGAAAUCAACUCUGACCUCUAAUGUCUUACCAACUGUGGCCUCAGAACCCACCCUUCUCACACAGUCCGACAAAAACACAUCACCCACUCCCCCCAGAGGCUCACAUCUCCCCCAUUUCCCCAGCUCUCCAUACAAACACUCAGCCCCAUCCCCCACACUACACCCAGGCCACAGCUCAGUCUUAACGCACAGCCCUGCUCCAUCCUCGUCGCUCCUCACUACCCCACCUCCUCCUCCUCCUCCCCCCUGUCCCACCGGCCCAGGUGAGGCUGCAGCGUGGGGUUGCUGUUGCUCCUUUGGAGGCGCUGCUGCACCCUUAUCUCGCUACCUGGGGAAGGUGGGGCAUGCUGCCGGGCCUCUGUUAAAAGCAGGGGGGCUUCUGAAUGCUGAGCCGUCUGAUGUCCAGACCUGAGACUGUAAUCUAACGAUGAAAACUGACCUGAGGAACUUUGAGAUUUUUUUAAAACAAACGCCUGAAACCAAGAAUUUCUGAGCAACAAUCGGAAAUGUGGUUCUCAGGAAGAAAGGCAACUGAUCCAGAAACCCUAAGACUUGAUAAGAUAUAUCACUUUACCCUCUUGACACAGAUGGCUGCCUGCUGAUAAAGAUGACCUGAUGUGACUCUUUUUGAGUGCUAGUUUUGCUUUACAGCUACAUGUUGUAAGCCUUCGGUGUUCCACGUCCGUCUCAAUGGUCAUUAUCCAGCAUAUAAUCUGCUCUGCACUUGAGGACCUGUGAAAGCUUUUAGCUUUUUGCACCUGCUUUCCAGACGAACUCUCAACCUGUUUGAACUUGAUUGACUCUUAGCUGCCCCCUACAGGAGGACAAGAGAGUAGUUUGCUGGGAGUUUCAGUGAAACAACUCCUCCAGACACUACGAUAUGUCACUGGUAGAGUUUAUCGCUAUUGCACUAAGUGGAAUUUAUUUUGGUAUUAGUUUUUAAAACAAAAUGAGAUUGUGUUACUGUUUGUUUUGUUACUGUGAGAGAGGAACAAAAAUCGAAAACUUUCACUGCGAAGGAAAAGCCCAAAGCUGGAUGAACUCUUCUCUCCUGUUGUGUCUACUGUUUAGAGACCUCACGUUGGAGGAAAUUGUGCAAUGCAUGACCCAGGUGAAUGCUUUCUACUGUAUUUGUGUCCCUGUUUCUCCCUAAAAAGUCUGACCUCUGCAGACUGACUGAAAGACUGAUGGACACAGAGCGGAUGCCGAAUAUUCAAGCGCUAUUCCUCGUGCUGCCCUUGCUCUGUUUAUACUCUGUAUCAGUGAAGCAGCUUAUCUCCUGACUACUGUUGUAAACGUUGGUAGAAUAAUCAUGCCAUUAUCCGUGCACUCCUCUGUGGCUAGUGUUAGCAUCAUUAGCGAGUGUACACAGUAUAUUUCUCACUGUCCUACACUGUAUCCAGCUGACCUUAUGUGUUCACAUGCAAAAUGGACUGUGCAUGUAUACACUCAAAUAUUUUGUCUCUGUGUCUUCUGUUACUAGUAAUAGGCACACAACCGUUGUAGCAUAUGUUUGUGUGUGGUAUGUAGCUACCUUACACGUAAGGGAAAUGCUGACAUUCAGCACUCAUUGUUGAUGUUCAAAACUAAACCUGUGCUACUACUGAAGUUCAAUACUUUGUCAUCAGACCUUUUGUGACCGUUUCCCUUCUGAAGGUUAUCUGCUGUACAAAUAUCUUUUUUCCUAUUUAUAUCUGAACUGCUACAAAUCACUCAUUUGACUUCAGUUUUAUAUUGAUGUUCUCUCAAAUCAAACUGCCAUGCAUGCAUUGUCUUUGUACUGUCUGGAGUGUUUGAAAUAUUUAUUUGCAAAGAAUCAUUUUAUCUGAAAGAUAUGUUUGAAUGAGGUACAAAAGGGAGCUUCAAGCUCAUGCGGGUAUGCUUUUUUUUUUUUUUUUUUUCCUUUGUGGGAGAACGUGUGUGUGCAUGCCAAACAUGAAAUUGCACAUUUUUAAAGCUUUUUAGAUUCAGACUGUAGUCGUUUUUUUCACCUUGUAAAUACUUUUACAGCCUUUAUGAAGUUGUUUUCAGUUGAUGCUCUGUACAAGUCAGCGUCCAAGUAAAAGACAUGAAAAUCACGUCCACUGCAUUUCCUUUUGAAACUCCCAAACAAGCAUUUCACCUACAAGAAUUUUUCACCUCUUGAGAAGAAUUUGUUAUUCUUCACGUAAAUAGUUGUCACGUCAAGCACCAGGUUUACUGACAACAAGGCAGUCCUUUAUUCAGAAGCUGCUUCAAAUGAACAACUCGAGCAGAGUUUCAGCCACUUGCUGGAAGGAGAAGAAUUGAAUUUCUCAAAGUCUCUCACAGGAGACAACUUCCACUUUCUGACACACCUAGAAACAAUGUCUGAUAUUUUGAUUGUACCAUCAGAUCUACAUGAGUAAAGGGUGAUUCCAGCCAGUGUGGUCAUACAGUGCAGCUCAAACAAUGUAUUUGAAGCUGUAAGUGGCGUCACAGGACAGCCUCAUGCCCUUGCAGCGACAACACAGGUCCUGGCGGUGAGCCCUCUUCAUGUUGAUGUGCCUCUGCUUCUUCUCACAACUGCAGGAAGUCAGAGAGCAGCCCUGUGAAACAGGAGACGUAUCAGUUCAAAGCCAGUCGUAAAAAUUUGAUUUCUUAUGUUUUAUCUGCGGGCUUUGAAAAUACCUUGCAAAGGAUGGACUCCACUCUGUAGGGGUUAAACCCCACCUGACACUUCCGGCAGAGCUGCUUGAAGUACACCUUGAAAAAAAUGAAAAUAACUUCUAGUUCUGAUUUUUCCGCAACAUAUGAAAUAGAUUGCAUGCUAGUCCAUUUGGUACAUUGCUGUAUUUAAGAUGGCUCACCAACCUUACUGGUUCCAGAGAUGCACCACACAUAAGCACUCUCCCACCGGAUGUUACAUUUCUUGCAGUGGAAAAAGCCAUACCUCUGCUCCAGGAACUGAAAUAAAAAAC